AUGAAUACAUGUAGCUUUACAUUUACCAGUAUACGUACAGGGCUUCCAGUACAUGUUACAGGCGUUGAACAGACAUGGAAUCAGCUAAAACACGAAUUCAAAUUACAUAUGAACGGUUUACCUAGUGCAACAUAUUAUAAAGUGAUUGGACCUGGUCCAGAAUUAUUUGCUGUUAUUGAUACGAUUGUUUUUUAUCAAUUAGAUGAACAUUGGCAUCCGUAUAAAACUGCAAUUAAUAUUGAACAUGGAACAAUGAAUAUUGAUGAGUAA